UUUUAUUUUGAAAAGCGGAAGUCGGUGUCGGGGAGAAAUCCGGAGAUCACCGGGAGACUUCGGCUCCGCUCGGGGAAUCAUCACCGGACCGUGCGGUGGAGAAGCGUCCGUUAAUUCUACCGGUUUCUGGGGAGCGGCUGAAUGAUUGAGCUACAAUCUUCAAUGAGUAAACACACCCCACAGUUCCGUGGUGUUCUGGGUCACACAUUUAUGGAGUUUCUGAAGGGCAGUGGGGACUACUGCCAGGCUCAGCACGCUGCCUAUGCAGACGAGUGAACAGCCAAACUCGCCAAUCGAUCCGAAGCACUUGAGCCACAGGAGGGACCCCCGGAACGUUGGCAGGACCGGGACGCCUCCCAGAACCAGCGACAACUCGGCCUGGAUGGGGUAACUCCACCCGCUGCACACUGCCCUCGUCGGCCAGAAUCAAGGUGGAACCAGCCUUGUUUUUUUAUUUUUCUUCCUUUUCUUUAGUUCUAUCCCAAAGAAGAGGGUUUUGAGUUACUUUUCUGAUUGUCCACCCCUUUCGGCCGCCAACUCCCCAAAUUUACCCGUCGCAGCCUUUGUUCGUUUUCUUUUUUUUCCAGCCUUGCCAACCUCGAAGACGACCAGAGGUAAUUUUUUUUGUUUCUGGAAGCUCGUUGGACAUUUUGCGUUUUUUUGACAUUCCCGUCCGAAUUCAACUAAGUGUUUACGUCGGUGUUUUCACUCCGUGGAAGACGUUUGGGUUUGGUCAUUUUUUUUGUUUUUCUUCACCGUUGUCACGAUGGCUCGCAUGAACAGACCUGCCCCUGUGGAGAUCACGUACAAAAACAUGAGGUUCCUCAUCACCCACAAUCCCACCAACGCCACCCUGAACAAGUUCAUCGAGGAGCUGAAGAAAUAUGGAGUCACCACUGUCGUGAGAGUUUGUGAGGCCACCUAUGACGCCACCCUGGUGGUGAAAGAGGGAAUCCAGGUGCUGGAUUGGCCGUUCGAUGACGGAGCUCCUCCCUCCAACCAGAUCGUGGACGAUUGGCUGAACCUGCUGAAGCUGAAGUUCCGGGAGGAGCCAGGCUGCUGCGUCGCUGUCCACUGUGUGGCAGGACUGGGGAGAGCUCCGGUUCUGGUCGCACUCGCCUUGAUUGAAUGUGGGAUGAAAUAUGAAGAUGCUGUCCAGUUCAUUCGACAGAAGCGUCGAGGAGCGUUCAACAGCAAGCAGCUGUUCUAUCUGGAGAAAUAUCGUCCAAAGAUGCGCCUGCGCUUCAAAGAUUCCAACGGCCAUCGCAAUAACUGCUGCAUCCAGUAGAGCCAAACCCCCGAGCCACGCCCACACCGCCCACCACCACCCUGCGGAAGAGCUCAGUUCGACCUUGCUAGCUUCUUCCCUGGCCGGCUUGUUUCCUUAGUCAUUGUGUUGAAGUCGUUUUAUUUGGAAAACCAUGUGCGGUAGUUAAACUGUCCCCCCCUUCAGGCUCCAAACUAGUGUCAGAAAAAGACAAAUCCAGAGUUGUGUGAACCGGGUGUUUCCUAUUCUUAUGCCCAUUAAAACAAAAAAAAAAACAAAGCAAGGGCAGCGCUGAGUCGUGUAUCAUUGUAAAAUGUUGGAUUAAUUGUUUCUUCUGCAAACGCAACUCAAAGAUUUUGAUUGGCCGGUGCGUUUACGUCGCCUGAGAUUGUGCUAGAAGAUAAGAAGAUGAAUUCAUUUCCUGUGAGCAGUUAUGUCCGCCCCCUCCCUCCACUUCAGUUUUAGGAUUCUGUUUUCCAGGCUGACUAGACAGAGGUAUGCCUUCCUUGAAAUCAGAUGGUUCAUCCAUAAAUGCCUUACAAUCAAAGUGGAACAAAGGCAAUCGAGGCAGAUUCGUCUCCCGCUGGCAUUUGGAAAUGGUUUCAUUUUUCUACUCGGAACAAAAAAAAAAAAAAGAAAUAGUUGCCUUUGUCUUGUGCAGGAAGUCUUACACACACUUAUGCCCUUUCAGCGACUAUUUUUUAAUAUAAAAAUGCUUAAUUGUUGCAAUAUUUGUCAACUGAAAGUCUAGGAACUUCGUCUUUUUUCUUUUCUCUAUCAAACCAUCUGUUUACUAAUUAACUGCCAUGUCCAAAAUGUGAUUUUUCUCUUAUUUUUCAGUUUAUUUUUGUUUUUUUCCGCUUCAAACUGGACUUCCAACGUCUGCGAUAUUUUGUACGCCUUUUUAUUUGAUGUCCGUAACUUAAGACUUGGAUACUUGAUGAUUUUAUGUAUUUGAAAAAUGUGUACUAUUAUUAUUAGGUUGGCUAUUUAUACUAUCAAUGGAUGUGUGAUUUAGUACCGUGAGCGACAAAGUUGUACCUGUUCACCAACUUGUGAGAGUACAUUAAAUGAUACACUGAAAAACAACAAA